CAGGCCGUGAGCCGCGUCGCCAGUGGCACGCAGGCCCCAGUGGCAGGAAGGGGCUCACAGUGUGGUGCUCAGGGCGGGCGUCGAGCUCGCCGAUUGGUACGACCCCGCGGCCAUGCCGGAGGAGCCCUUGGAACACGAACACCCCGGCGCGGCGCAUGCGGCGACCUCGGCGCCCUUCACCUGCGCGACGUGCGGCAAGGCGUACCGCCACCAGCCCAGCCUGUGGAAGCACCGGAAGUACGAGUGCGGACAAGUGCCGCGGUUCGCCUGCCCGCUGUGCCCGCACCGCGCCAAGCGCAAGCACCACCUGGUGUACCACCUGCAGGCCAGGCACGGCGGCAAGCCCGCGUAACAAGCCGCGUAGUGCCCCGAGAAGCUCUGUUUGACUAGGCUAGCGCGCCUUGCUGAAUAAAUGAAUGUUCCUCUUUUCCGGGAA